UCAUCUGCCGGUUUCCGGUCCUUUACAGUCUCUCGGAGUCCUGGUCGGGGCUGCACUCGCCGCAGACAUGGCGCUCUACAACUUCAAGAAGAUUAUGGUGGUCCCCACCGCCAAGGACUUUAUUGAUCUGACUUUGUCCAAAACUCAGAGAAAAACACCGACCGUUAUCCACAAAAGUUAUCAGAUUAGCAGGAUCCGUCAUUUUUAUAUGAGAAAAGUCAAAUUCACACAACAGAAUUACCACGAUCGACUCUCGCAGAUUCUCACAGACUUUCCUAAACUCGAUGAUGUGCACCCGUUUUAUGCAGAUUUAAUGAAUGUCCUGUAUGACAAAGACCAUUACAAACUGGCUUUGGGGCAGAUCAAUAUCGCUAAGAACCUGAUUGACAAUGUGGCCAAGGAUUAUGUGAGGUUGAUGAAAUACGGAGAUUCUUUAUAUCGUUGCAAACAGUUGAAACGAGCCGCUUUGGGACGCAUGUGCACUAUUAUCAAGAGGCAGAAACAGAGUUUGGAAUAUCUGGAGCAAGUUCGCCAACAUCUGUCUCGGUUGCCAACUAUUGAUCCUAAUACACGCACCUUGCUUCUUUGUGGCUAUCCAAACGUCGGUAAAUCCAGCUUUAUAAAUAAGGUAACCAGGGCGGACGUAGAAGUGCAGCCGUAUGCAUUCACCACCAAGUCAUUAUUUGUGGGACACAUGGAUUAUAAAUACCUCCGCUGGCAGGUUGUGGACACACCAGGUAUUCUGGAUCACCCCCUGGAGGAAAGGAACACCAUUGAGAUGCAAGCUAUCACUGCCCUGGCUCACCUUCGCGCUGCCGUCCUGUAUGUGAUGGACGUCUCAGAGCAGUGUGGACACACCCUAGAGGAGCAGGUGGAGCUCUUCAACAACAUCCGUCCUUUGUUUGCCAAUAAGCCUUUAAUUCUUGUUCUGAACAAGUGUGAUGUGAAGAGAGUCUCGGAACUGACCGAGGAAGAGCAGAACAUUUUUAAGGACUUUGAGAAUGAAGGGCUACCAGUGCUAGAGACCAGCACCCUGACCGAGGAAGGUGUGAUCCAAGUCAAAACUGAGGCUUGUGACCGGUUAUUAGCCCACCGAGUGGAGACCAAGAUGAAGGGAAACAAAGUGAAUGAUGUGCUCAAUAGGCUUCACCUGGCCAUACCAAGCAAGAGAGAUGAUAAGGUAAGGCCACCUUUUAUUCCAGAGGGUGCAUUGGUGAGAAAAAAACGUAUGGAUACAGAUGCUUCAAAGAAGAAAUCGGAGAGAGACCUGGAAAUGGAGAUGGGGGAUGAUUAUAUCCUGGAUCUGCAGAAAUACUGGGAUCUAAUGAAUCCAUCAGAGAAGUUUGAUAAAAUCCCGGAAAUCUGGCAGGGUCAUAAUCUUACAGAUUAUAUUGAUCCAGACAUCAUGAAGAAACUGGAAGACCUGGAGAAAGAGGAGGAGCUGAAAGAAGCAGCGGGUGAAUAUGAUAGUGAUAUUGAGAGUGAGGAUGAAGAAAUGGCCGAAAUACGACAGCUUGCUCAACAGAUCCGCGAAAAGAAAAAACUGAAGAUCCUCGCGUCAAAGGAGAAAGAUAUACAUGGCCCGAGACUGCCAAGAACUGUUAAGAAGGUUCAACAAAAGACAUUGGAAAAAGAGAUGAAUGACUUGGGUCUUGAUGUGAGCAAUAAUGAGACUCAUUAUGCAGUGCAAGCAAGGUCCAGAAGCCUCCAGAGGAAGCGUAAACGUGAAGAGUCUGUGCCACCGACUGCAGUUACCCGCAGCCAAAGCAACUCCAGGCCACCAAGAGACCAGUCUGGAGUUCGUGAUCCCAAGAUGGCAAGGCAAGCCAAGAUAAUAAUGAAGAAAUCCCAGAGGAAAAUGAACCGAAUGGGCAAGAAAGGAGAGGCUGAUAGGCACGUGUUUGACCUGAAGCCCAAACAUCUACUGGCUGGUAAAAGGAAGGCUGGCAAAACCGACAGACGAUAAGCCCAUCUGGAGUAGAAGCAUGCCCUUCACUCCUCUCCUGCUUCUCUAA